AUGUCUGUUACAGACUUUACAAUGACUGAUGAGAACAUAGCCGUGAAGCUCAGUAUUAAGAAGGAGAAAACAACAAAACAUCACGGUUGCUUUUUGUCAUCAUAUUCCAUGACAAGAAUUCAAGUUGGGAUCUGUUUGCUGCUGGUGGAACUGUGCGAGAGAUUCAUUUUCUUUGAAGUUGUUUGCAACAUGCUUCCCUACUGCACCGUGAAGCUCGGCUAUCGUAAUUACCAAGCAGCCAUUCUGAAUCUGUGCUUUAUUGGAACUUCAGUGCUCACCCCUGUGUUUGUGGGGCGGCUUGCCGAUGUCUACCUAGGAAGAAACAAGAUGGUGUGUGUUUGCUUAUUUCUACAUUUCCUAGGCAGUACUUUGUUGUCCGUGGUUGCUUUUCCCACUGAAGAUUUCUACCUAGGCACUUACCACGUGGUAAACAACAUACCCACAAAAGAGCAGAACAGCCUGUUUUACAUGGCACUGCUGACCAUCUCCCUGGGCACAGGAGGAAUCAGAGCCAUUGUUUGUCCACUGGGUGCUUAUGGCCUUCAGGAAAGUGGAUCAAAGAAACAAAUGUCUUUUUUUAACUGGUUUUAUUGGCUCAUGAACCUAACUGCAAUUGUUGUGUUUCUGGGAAUUUCUUACAUCCAGCACACCGGAGCCUGGGCCUUUGUUUUACUUAUUCCUUUUGUGUCAGCACUGAUGGCUCUCAUAACUCUUUAUAUGAUGAACUAUAAACUGAUUUAUCAGCCAGAAAAAUGUUGCUCCCUCUUGGUAACAUUGGGGGUGUUUGUUAAUGCUUUGAAAACAUGCUGCCUGAGUUGCCAUCUGGGCAGAGACACAACAAGCUGGCUAGACCGUGCCAAGAAAAAAAAUGGUGGCUGCUACAGUGAGCUCCAUGUGGAAGACACAAAAGUUUUCUUCACCCUUCUCCCCCUCUUCAUUUUUCAAAUUCCAUACAGAAUGUGUGCUAUGCAGAUUCCAUCAGGAUAUUACCUGCAGACCGUGCAUUCCAACCUCAGUUUGGAUGGGCUGCUUCUGCCAAUUGCAGUAAUGAAUGCCAUCAGCACCCUGCCAUUAUUAAUUCUGGUUCCUUUUAUGGAGUGCUUCAGCACCUGUCUAUUUUCCUGUAAUAGAGACGGCCCAUUUCUGCCAGCAUGUAUUAUUACUGGAAAUCUUUCUGCUGCGCUGUCGGUGAUGGUAGCUGGCUGCUUUGAAAUACACAGGAAGCACUUUCCCCCCAUGGAGCAGCCUCUCUCUGGCAAAGUUCUCAUUGUUUCCUCCAUGCCUGGCUUCCGUCUGGCUCUUCAGUACAUUUUACUCGGUGUGGCUGAAACACUGGUUAAUCCAGCCUCCUCUGUAAUAGCAUACAGAUCUGUUCCAUGCACCAUCAGAAGAACUUCUAUGAAUUUUUUGACACUAUUCAAUGGAUUUGGUUGUUACACAGGAGCACUGCUGGUAAAGUUGGUUUAUCUCAUCUCGGAAGGCAAUUGGUUUCCAAACACAUUAAACAAAGGCAGUUUAGAAACCUUCUUCUUUCUGCUGGCAUCACUGACAAUGUUGACCGUUCUGGGAUUCUGGAGUGUUUCUCGAAGAUAUUGUAAUCUAAAUCAUUUUAAUGCUCAGAACAUCAGUGGAAGUAAUCUUGAAGAAACACUUCUUCUCCAUGAAAAAUCUCUGAAAUUUUAUGGCAGUAUACAGGAAAUUUCUUCAAGUAUUGAUCUUUGGGAAACAGCCUUAUGAAACUGUAUUUGACCCUACCUGUCUUAUGAGCACAAUAUUC